UGAAAUCCAGCGCUAUUGGGUGCUCAGAGCAAGAGAGGAGAAGAAAUGGGGAUCUGGAGAGCACUGCUGGGUCUGAGGGGGGGUUGGAAGUCAUCGCUGGGAGCCCCUUGAGGAAAGGAAGGGGGGGCAAAACGGGACCAGAAGACGAGGGGGGGCUGGAAAGUGUCAGUCCUGGCUCCUUGGGGAAAGGGAGGGGGGGAAAAAGGGGUCGAGAGGGGAAGGAGAGCCUGGAAACUGCUAGUACCGGGUGCUCGGAGCAAAGGAGAAGUCUAAAUGGGGGCCUCGAGAGCAGCAUUGAGUGGGGGAGGGGGCUGGAGACCACCGCUGAGCCCAAAGGGGGGGCGGGGGACAACGUUGAGCCCAAUGGGAUCCUGGAGAGUGGCGCUGUCAGCCCGUCGGAGCAAAGCAGAGCCGGGAUGGGCGGCCUGGCACCCAAACGAGGCAGCCCGGAGGACUGCGCCGUGAUCUCUUUGGGUGAAGAUGAAGAAGAAGAAGAGGAGGAGGAGGAGGAGGAAGAGCUGGAGGAAGGCCCGGGCCGUUACCUGGCGGCGCUGGAAGCCGUGCAGCUGGAGCUGGAGGCGGUGGAGGAGGAAGCAGCUCGAGCCUUCCGCCGCCUGCGGGCCAAAUUCGGGCUGCGGCGACGGCCACACCUGCAGCGCCGCAACCGCCUCAUCCAGCACAUCCCUGGCUUCUGGGUCACGGCCUUCUUGAACCACCCCCAGCUCUCGGCCAUGAUCAGCGAUCGUGAUGAGGAUGCUUUGAGCUACAUGACCAGCCUGCAGGUGGAGGAAUUUGGAGUGGCACAGCCUGGCUGCAGGAUCCGCUUCUUCUUUGCUAUCAAUCCCUAUUUCCAGAACCGGGUCGUGGCCAAGGAGUUCGUGCGUGGCCCCUCUGGUGGGGGUCCUCAGCUGGGGUGGGGGGGUCCUCAGCUGGGGUUGGGGGUCCUGGAGGGAUGUAUGGGGGUAGGGAGGAGUGAUGUAUGGAGCUGGUGGUUCAUGGGGGUAUGUGUGAGGCUGGGGUCCUGGGGAGAUGUGUGGG